AGUUUCGAGCCGUUUUGGCCCAGGCCGCUCGCAGGUCCCCGUUUUCUGCCCCCGCACGGCCGCCGGCAGGACCAUGCUUGCUGGCCGCACAGCGCAGCAGCUCCUCGCGCGGAGGCCGGCGGCGUGCGGCGCGCUGGCGCAGCGCUCCAAGGCCGCCCUGUCCGGCGCGUGGCUCGAGGGCCCGAGGAAGCUGGAGACCGACCUCGUGCACGCGGCAGUGAGCCCCGAGCCGGCCUCCGGCGCCGUGCUGACGCCGCUGUUCUUGUCCACCACUUUCGUGCAGGAGUCGGUGGACAAGUAUCUGGCCAAGGGCUACAGCUACUCCCGCACCAACAACCCGACGGUGAGCGUGCUGGAGUCGAAGCUGGCGCAGGUCGAGGGAGGCGCGGGCGCCAGCGCGUUCGGCACGGGCAUGGCGGCCACCACCAGUGCCAUCUGCGCCACCAUGAAGGCUGGGGACCACUGCGUGAUCACCGAUUGCUCGUACGGUGGGACUAAUCGUUCCUGUCGGGAGUUCUUCACCCCUCUGGGGAUGGAGUUCACCUUCUGUGACUUCCGCGACCUGGAUGUUAUCAAGAAAGCCAUGAAGCCGAACACAAAGCUGGUUUUCAGCGAGACCCCGGCGAACCCGGUGCUGUCCUUGUGCGACCUCGAGGAGAUCUCUAAGAUCGCAAAGGCUGGGGGGGCCAAGCACGUCGUGGACGCCACUUUCGCAACCCCCGUCAUGUGCAGGCCUCUCGACCACGGUGCAGACAUGGUGAUCCAGAGCCUGACCAAGUAUUACGAGGGCCACAACAUGAUGACGGGGGGCGCGGUCAUCUCCAAGGACAAGGAGAUGGCAGACAAGGUCAAGUGGGUCCAGAACGUCCAUGGCAAUAUCAUCAACCCGUUCGCUGCUUUCAUCAUACUGCAAACCACCAAGACGAUGGCAGUCCGCGUGAAGCAGCAGAGCAAGACGGCGAUGGCGAUCGCCACUUUCCUGGAGCAGCACCCCAAGGUCACCAAGGUCGUGUACCCUGGGCUGGCUUCUCAUCCCCAGAAGGCCCUCGCUGACAAGUACCACAGGGACGGGAUCCACGGAGGCAUGCUGUGGUUCGACGUGCAGGGCGGAUCCGAGGCGGCGAUUAAGCUCAUGGAUUCGAUCGCGAGGCCGUGGAGCCUUUGCGAGAAUUUGGGAGCGACGGAGAGCAUCAUCACCGCGUGUGCCGUUAUGACGCACGCUAACAUGCUGAAGGAAGACCGUCUGAAGGUUGGCAUCACCGAUGGCUUCAUCCGAGUAUCCUGUGGUAUCGAAGACACUGGUGACCUCAUCCAGGCUCUCGAGGCUGCCUUGCAGAACUGCUGAGUUCGUCUAUGCCCUCGCAUCUCUGUUUGUCGGGCUGCACCUGCCUUUCUGUAUGCCAGUAAUAUGGCAGCCCAUCCGAAGCCAAGGGUGGAGGUGAGGAGGAGGAGGAGGAGGCUGGCGUUCUCCUGAGCAGCUUGUCUGGGAGGCUCCCGCCUGCCUGCCCUGCGGGCCAGCCGUGGGGCCCCGCCGGCUCUGAAAGCGGUGCUCCGUGGCCCGUGGUCUCUCGCACGGGCUUCCGUACGGUCUCUCGUGCGGUCUCUCUGCGUAUGGUCUCCCGCGUCGAUGGUCUCUCCCGGUUCCUGUAAGGCUUUCCUGAUGGUCUCCCUUAUGGCUGCUCUCCUCUUUCUGUCGUACUCUCUGUAGUGAUCUAUUGCGUGCUCAGAAGAGCUGUUUAGGGGACUCUAGAGCCGCCACGGGUGUAAUUGAAUUUUGGCCCCGUCUGUGCCGCGACGUGAUGGUGCUGGAGGAAACGUGCCUCCUCCUCCCCUCUCUCCUCUUCCUUGUUCUCCCGUUCCUUCCCCUGCAUUGUAGUCAGUACAGUCUGUGCGACCACUGUGUUUUGGUGUAGGAUUGCUGUCAUGUUCUUCCCACUUGAGACAUUGCUUAAGGGGACCUGCCGCGUCUUCUGUGCAAUAGGGCCUGUGAAACUGUCAAUCCCCAUUCCAGCUGGGAUGUCCGUCCCCUGUCCUUUUCUUAAAGUAAGCAGC